AAAGGUGAGAGUUUUCAAUUCAAUUUCCACGCCCACCUUUUACAACGCCAUCGCAAUUCGUCCCGUCCCGUCAGGCUGGAGUACACGGAGCGCGUCAUCAAGGAGACCCUGCGCCUGUUCCCGCCCGUGCCGCUGACGGGCCGCCAGGUGCACCGCGACACGGAGCUCGCCUCCUACAAGGUGCCCGCCGGCACCACGCUGCUGCUCAACCUGUUUGGCGCGCACCGCGACCCGGCCCACUGGCCCGACCCCCUCGCCUUCGACCCGGACCGCUUCCUGGCCGAGCGCAGCCGCGGCCGCCACCCCUGCGCCUUCCUGCCCUUUAGCGGUGGCGCCCGCAACUGCAUGGGCUUGCAGUACGCCAUGAUGAACAUGAAGACGUUCCUGGCGACCGUCCUGCGGGAGCUGCGCGUCGAGCGCGCCGACGACCCCUACACCGACAUCCACCAGCUGCCGCUCUACGCCGACCUCAGUCUCCGCAUCGUGGGCGGGGCGAGGGUGGUGUUCGCACGCAGGCCGACCCGUGAAACGGAAGUGGGGUCACAAACGACAAGCUAGGCCCGCUCUUCCGCCAAACCAAGUUGCCAGCUCCGCUUCGCUCCACCGGCAACUCGGUUUGGCAGGGAGCGGGCCGAGCUUGGCCUGCCGGCGGCGUUUGGGACGGGCCUUUGCCCGUCCCUUCUGCUUUUUUCAGGGUGUAAUAUAGCUUCUAUCGGAAAACGGGCCUUCGGCCCGUUUGAGUGACAGCUCUCUUUAAACCAUCUUUUUGCCAGGUACCUUUGCUGUCUACUUCGUAAUCAAAACUCAAUAAACGAGGCAUUCUUUU